AUGGGUACCUACGAGCCCUUGGAGGUCUCCAAUAAGCGCCAUGCCGACCUUACCGUUUGUGCCCCAGGCACUGGCUACUUCCAGUCCUGCUCCAACGGUUUCCGCGGCUGCUGCAAGGCCGAUGCCUGCUCUGGCUCGGGCCAGUGUGCGGAUAGUACGAGGACCGGCACUUCCAAGUCUACCUCUACCCGGCUUUCCGGCCCCGAUUAAAGUGUCUGCCCUGCCGGUACGGGAUAUUACGAGAGUUAUAGCCUUAACCUCGAGGGUUGCUGCGUUUUACUUGCAGGGCCCAGACUACGGGUUAGACGGUUCAUAGGGCAUGUUUUGAUGUUUUCGAUCCCUUUAGGGUCUGGUCAGAGAGAGUCCCUCAUUGUAUUGUACUUGUCGCU